CCUCUUUCUGUGGUAACACUGCAUAAAAGGCUCAGUGCUGUACAACUUUACAUGUGGUCAAGAAUAAAUUGGUCUCUGGUUUGCUACUGACUCCAACUCCUUUCCUUGGGCUGCCAAUAGAAGAGCUGAGUGAUAGAAAAAGCUAACAAUUACCUGAACCAAAGCUAUUCAACAACAAAUCUAAUCUUCAUAGAGACAUGAAAGCUGUGAUUGGACUUCAGUUAAUGCUGAUAGGAGUCUGCUGUGGUUUGAAAUCUUCCUGUGUUGCCAUGCAUGAUGGAGUCAAAUGCUAUGGAUCUUUGGGAGGAACAUUGCACAUUCAGCUAAUGGCUGAUGCCUCAAAAAUACCUUAUUUCAAGUGGACAAAGAGCCGCUCAGUGUUACUGCGCUGGAUGGCCAAGAAGACUGUAACCCGUAUAAGAGACAGCAGAUUUAACUUUUUUCCAAGAAAUGGGACAGUUAGGAUCACUAACCUGAAAAUGGAUGACACUGGUCUAUAUAAACUUGAUCUGAUUAGUGAAAAUGGAAAAUACAACGGCUCAAAAACUCUGCAGCUGUACGUUGAAGCUCCUGUGUCUUCUGCCCGGCUAGUCUCUAAGUGUGCUUCCUUGGGUAAGCAGAGGGUGUUCUGCUUUUCUGAGGCCGGGGACAAUACUUGGUACGAAUGGACUCUGGAUGGAAAACCACUGAAAGGCUUUGAGAACAUGUAUGGAGACAUUCUGGCCAGCACCAUUCUUCUGAAACCAAAGACAACAGGUCGUCUGGUCUGCUCAAUCAGGAAUCACAUCAGUCAUUCCUUCAAAGAAAUGAAGCUAACCAGCUGUGUGACGGGUGGGAGAAAAAAAAUCAGGUUAGCCCUGGACGAAACUGUCCCAAAGAAAUCGUUGUGAAGAGGAAUAUACUGGCCAUUUUGCCCAGGUUGUUGGUUGCCUUUUGAUUGCUGGAGAUUGGCCCUGGCCUGACUGGUGACGCUGCAAGGAUAAUAAUAAUCAGAAAAUGGAUGGAUGGAAGAGUAAAAUAUGUUAAACCUGAGGACUUCAUACUGUUGUUUGACAGAAAACAUUCUACUUACUAAGUUUGUUCAUAUGAAAAUCGAUUUCUGAAGUGAAAUUUUAAAAUAUAAAAUCUUAUACAGAAAAGAUUCUAGAAUAAUCAGCACAAAUUCAAUACAUCAUGAACCGAGUUAUAAUUUAGUGGCUCUUUUCUGAUAUUUGCCUGUAACAGGUCUGGUGUUAUGUUCUGUAAGUUUGUCAUUCUUGAACUUUGAUAUUUUCACUACCUUUCUUACAUUUGCAAAUGUGUUGUUUUUGUGUGGAGAAUUUAUUUAAUCAAAAGGUAUUAAAAUUUAAAUAUAAAGUAAUUUUUCAUUAAAGAAUAGUUUUUAAACCACACAGCA